GUCAUACUCAUCUCUUCACUUUCUUCUGCAAAUUCAUUUCACCACUAAAUAUAAUCAAAAAAGAAAAAAGGGUUCCUAUAUUUUCAAUUAGAUCUUGUUUUUACAGACUUACAAAAUAAAAAUAAAAAUGGCAGAAUCAAAUCAAAAAAUCACAGUCCUUGUCACUGGAGCUUCAGGCUUAACUGGUGAAAUUGCAUUCAAGAAGCUGAAAGAAAGAUCAGACAAAUUUGUGGUUCGGGGUUUAGUAAGAUCAGAAGCAAGUAAACAAAGACUUGGUGGAGGUGAUGAAAUUUUUCUAGGUGAUGUCAUGGAUAAGAAAAGCCUUGAAACUGCUAUGCAAGGAAUUGAUGCGUUGAUUAUACUAACAAGUGAUGUGCCAAAGGUAGUACCUGGUUCAUAUCCUGGUGCUGAUGGCAAAAGAGCUGAGGAUGUAUUCGGUGAAUCAUUUGAUUUCAAUGGUCCAAUGCCUGAAUUCUAUUACGAGGAAGGGCAAUUCCCUGAACAUAUUGAUUGGAUUGGACAAAAGAAUCAGAUCGAUACUGCGAAAUCAUAUCAUUAUGUUGAAGGCUUUGAAGACUUUGGAGGCUUUGGAGGAUUUGAAGGCUUAGAUUUCUUCUUAGCUGGUGAUGUUAUUGAACUUUCUGGUACUGAAAUUGAUGUUGAAUCUUCUAAUGAUCUCUUCAAUCUCGUUGAUUUCCGAAUCUCUUCUGCAACAACUGAUGGAGUUGGGGAUGAAAUUGGUGAUGAAUCUUUUAAUGCUGACUUUGAUCUCGUUCUUGGUGAUGUUGAUUUUUGA